GGCGCUAAGGAUCCCACCAAGCCAGUAUUCCAGACCUCCCAAAACUACCAAGCGUAUCAAAUUCUUCCUCAACCCUUGAUCUUUCGCCUCCGCGACAACCCCUCAGCCAACCUCUUUCUACACUAUCUCCGACCCCUCUUCUGACCAAACAAGGACCCUCAAAAUGUCUGAACCCAUUAGAAAUAAAAAAGCAGAUUUCCCGGUUGCUCCGACGCCGCAAAACACUCCGGCUAACAAUGCCCCUAUCUCGUCUCACGCCCAACAACCCGGAGUCGCCAGCAUAAAAGAAGAAUCCCUUGAUCAUGCCGCUGCCGCUUCUCUGUUUGCCAGGAACCCUGGGCUUGUUUCUAUGAUCCAAGGGAAACUGGGAUCGCUUGUUGGCCGCUCAUCGGGCUACAUUGAAUCUUUACCAGCACCUGUGCGCCGCCGCGUCGCCGGUCUGAAGGGCAUUCAGAAAGACCACGCCAAACUUGAAGCCCAGUUCCAGGAGGAAGUAUUAGAGCUUGAAAAGAAGUACUUCGCGAAGUUCACUCCUCUGUACCAGAGACGUGCUACAAUAAUCAAUGGCGCUGCGGAGCCCACCGACCCUGAAGUUGAAGCGGGUAAAGGAGAUGACGAGGAGGAGGAUGCGGAUGUCAAGGGUGAAGAUGAGUCGAAGAAGGAGGAUGACAAAGAAUCCCAAGCAACUGGAAUCCCAGAAUUCUGGCUCUCUGCCAUGAAAAACCAAAUUUCUCUCGCGGAAAUGAUCACUGAACGGGAUGAAGAAGCCCUGAAGCAUCUCACCGACAUCAGAAUGGAAUAUCUCGAUCGCCCAGGUUUCCGUCUCAUUUUCGAGUUUUCGGAGAAUGCUUUCUUCAGCAACAAAACCAUCUCCAAGACCUACUAUUACAAGGAAGAGAAUGGAUACGGUGGUGAUUUUAUCUACGACCAUGCCGAGGGCACUAAGAUUGAUUGGAAGCCCGACCAAGAUCUCACCGUACGUGUGGAAAGCAAGAAGCAGAGAAAUAAGAACACCAAGCAGACUCGCGUCGUGAAGAUUACCGUCCCCACCGAGUCCUUCUUCAACUUCUUUUCUCCUCCGCAGCCCCCCACAGAUGAUGAUGAUACCGUCACCACCGACAUUGAGGAGCGUCUUGAACUCGACUACCAGCUUGGCGAAGAUAUCAAAGAGAAACUCAUCCCCCGUGCCAUUGAUUGGUUUACAGGCGAGGCACUCCAGUUCGAGGAACUGGGUGACGAUAUGGAUCCGGAUGAGUUCGAAGAUGAGGACGAUGAAGAUGAGGAGGACGAAGAGGACGAAGAUGAGGAUGAUAGAAAAUCGGACCGGGAUAUGGAUGAUGACUCCGACGAAGAGGACGGUACUUCCAAGCCCAAGAAAGAGGCGGCCGAAUGCAAACAAAGCUGAACGUCUCGAAGCUUUAUCUUACAGGCAAAUGGAGCAGAUAAUUAGUCUACGAUACUUUCCUCGGGCCUAGCUCAAGAUGGAUGGUGUUUUCCGUUCCUCUUUCGUCGGUUCCCAUUCCCUGUCCACCAUUGCUUUUUCCUUUCUUUUUCCUCUUCUCUCCCCACAUAUAUUUGGUCCCAUUUUACGCCCGUUCGCCUUCAUGAAAAUUUGCUUUACCAGAUUGCUUCAACCUACAUCAGUGCCGUGCAAACUUUUACUCAUCACUAAUCUAAGUUCAUCCAUAUCCGUAUUCCAGAGUGUAAAACCUGUGCACGUUGUCGCGCCUUUCACUUUGGGGGAUAUGUAAUGGAUAUCUAUGCUCAUUAUGGGCGUCCCAGAGUAAACUGCUUUUGCGCUUUCGGAGGUCCCAUUUUCUUCGCUGCCCUUUCCGUUUCUUUUACUUCUGUUCUUUCUCUCUUGUUUCAUGUUCUUUUUCCAACCAUGCGGUUCCAUCUUUUGCUUGUCUCAGUCUCUGUUUGUUCAUUGCACCAUACUAAAAUACUGGCGGCGCGAGGAGUACGCUUUCUUUUCUAAAUACUCUGAAUUUUUAUCAGACAAGUUCCCUUUGGCUCAGAAAGAUCCGAGGAGAGACAGUACAUGGUAUUAAAACAAAACAAAAAAAAAGCAUACGAAUAAGAAUUGGUAAUUUUGUACAGAGUAAGCGACCAUGAACACUGCUUUGGGGCGAGGAGUUGGGGAGGACUCAUCUCACCGCUCCUUCAGGCGAACCUGUCUUCCCCUAAAAUUCUUUUUGAACCAAGAUAAUAAAGUCGUCAACCAUCUUAUUGCAUCGAAGCGGAACUCUUAUGACCAGAUCAGGUGUUUUUGAUAAGGCCGAUGCCCGUACUGGUAAAACAAGCGUAUGGGAAAACUCCCCAACAUGCAGAUGCGUCGACAUGAUUAGUAGCGCCCGACAAGUGACCAAGGCCAACAUGUCUUGAUUCUUGGCGGUGGCAGCUGUGGAGAUUGUUCCGACAAGUGGC